AGCAUUCCCUCCCCCACCCCCGAGCCAGGCAUCUCGGAGAAAGGCUGUGCCUGCACAGCCCGUGUGACAGCAGCAGGGACAGGGACAGCGACAGGGAGCCGUGCUGGGCUGGGAGAGCCUGGGCACAGCCUGCAUCCCCCUAAAGCCAGGAGAGCCUGGGCAGAGCCGGCAUCCCUCUGGAAGCUGGGAGAGCCUGGGCAGAGCCUGCAUCCCUCUGGAAGCUGGGAGAGCAUCCUGGGCACAGCUCACAUCCCUCUGGAAACCUGGGAGAGCCUGGGCAGAACCUGCAUCCCUCUGGAAGCUGAGAGAGCCUGGGCACAGCCUGCAUCCCCCUAAAGCCAGGGAGAGCCUGAGCAGAGCCUGCAUCCCUGUGGAAGCUGGGAGAGUCUGAGCAGAGCCUGCAUCCCUCUGGAAGCUGAGAGAGCCUGGGCAGAGCCUGUAUCCCUCUGGAAGCUGGGGAGAUCAGCUUGAGCAGAGCCUGAAUCCCUCUGGAAACUGUGAGAGCAGCCUGAGCACAGCCUGCAUCCCCCUAAAGCCGGGAGAGCAUCCCGAGCCCAUCCCGCAUCCCCCGGCAGCGCACGGGCCCCACACCUGCCGCAGCUCCUUCUUUCCCUCCCUCCUCGGCUGCUCGGCAGCGCAAGGAGGGCGGGAUGGGAUGAGGAACACCCCCGGCAAGCCCGGAGCCUUGUGAUGAGCACAGGCGGCUGUGCAGCGGAGCAAAAUGCAGCAGCAGCGGGAGGCGAAUAACGAGCGAGGGAAAGCAGCGGGAGCCGCGGGCAGGCUGCACGAUUCCCCCCCGGCUCCCGAGCCCAGCCCGUUCCCGGAGUUCCCUCUCGGCCGGAGGAGCCCCUGAGCCGGUUUUGUGUGUGUGUGUGUGUUUGUGCGUUGUUCCUGCCGGGAAUCUCCUCGGCGCUCGGGCUCGCAGAAUUUGCCCCGGAGUUUGGCAGGAGCUGAGCCCCGGGCGGUGGAGAAGGGAAGGAGGAAUGAGCAGAGCCGGGAUCCUGCGGAUUCUGUGAGGCCGCAGCUUCAAGUGGGAUCAUGGGAGGGAAGCAGGUCAAAUGCCUGACCUCACCCAGCCCCGUGCACAGUGCAAAGAGUGAAUCCACUGUAGCCCCCUCGGAGGAGAAGGAGAGGCUGGUGAUCCUCCAGGCUGAAGAAACGGAGCCUAAACCAGAAGAGGCCGAGGCUCACUUCCAGCCCGAGUGGCAGCCGGGCAGCUCUGGGUCCUACCUGGAGAGCUCAUGGGAGGAGCAGCUCCUGGAGCAGCAGGACCACCUGGAAAAGGAAAUGGAGGAGGCAAAGAAGAUGAUUUCGGGUUUGCAGGCUUUGUUGCUCAAUGGGUCUUUACCUGAGGAUGAGCAGGAGGGGUCCUUUGAGCUUUCAGAGCGUGGAGCCUGCCCUGAGGAGCAGCUGAUCAUCAUCCGGAGCCGCCUGGACCAGAGCGUGGAGGAAAAUCAAGAUCUGAAGAAGGAGCUGCUGAAAUACAAACAAGAAGCUCGGAACCUCCAGGGAAUAAAGGACGCCCUGCAGCAGAGGCUGCUCCAGCAGGACGCCGCAGUGCUGCAGCUCAAGCAGGAGCUGCUGAGAGCCAACAUGGACAAGGAGGAGCUGCACAACCAGAACGUUGACCUCCAGAGGAAGGUUGAAGAGAGGAACCGGCUCCUGGCAGAGUACAAAAAGGAGCUGUGCCAGAAGGAGCGGCACCUGCAGCAGCAGCAGAGCAAGCUGGAUGAGAUGCUCAGGCAGCUUUCUGAGGCCAGCUACCAGCAGGUGGAUUUGGAGCGGGAGCUGGAGCACAAGGAGGCCCUGCUGGCUCACUGCAUGAAGAGAGAGGCUGAGGAGGUGAUGGCUUUCAGCAGUCACAGUGCCCAGAGCAAUGGCUUUCUGCAGCCAGCAGGAAAAGGAGCCGCUCCCCCAGCCCACCGAGGGACCAGUGACCUGCAGCUGGUGCGGGACGCGCUGCGCAGCCUCAGGAACAGCUUCAGCGGGCACGACCCGCAGCACCACACCAUCGACAGCCUGGAGCAGGGCAUCUCCAGCCUCAUGGAGCGCCUGCACCGCAUGGAGACGCACAGGAGGCAGGACAGGAGGGUGAGGGGGAAAUCACCCGCAAGCAGAGCAACCAACGAGUGCAGAGACUCCUGGCCUCCCAAAUCCAAGCUGCCUCACUCUCAGAGCACGCCCGUGAUGAGCACCAGUGCCUGCACCAAAGUGUUGUACUUCACCGACCGCUCCCUCACCCCCUUCAUGGUCAGCAUACCAAAGAGGUUAGGGGAAGUGACUCUGAAGGAUUUCAAGGCAGCCAUUGAUAGGGAAGGAACCCAUCGGUACCACUUCAAAGCCCUGGACCCAGAGUUUGGCACAGUGAAGGAGGAGGUGUUCCAUGACGACGACAUCAUUCCUGGCUGGGAGGGGAAAAUCGUGGCCUGGGUGGAAGAAGACCACGGGGAGAAUUAAUGGAGCUUUCCAGCCCUGUUUCUAUGGAAACCUGUGACUGUCUGCAGAGCUCAGAGAGUGACCAAGGAGCCCAAGUGCUGGGAGGAGGCCAAUUCAAGCUGCCAAAAUAGAGCCUCUGUGCCAGCCACGGGUGGUGCAGGCUGUGUGCAUGGACAGCUGGCACCUGAGUGCCCGUGCCCAGGGGCAGCUGCUGUCCUGAGGCUGCAGGGAUGGCUCUGUGGGACAGAAACACCCGGCUCAGCCCUGCCAGCAACACCCUGGAGGCCUUAAGGAUGCUUUGCCCCCUUCUCCUCCAUCCCUGCACCGUGUGCUGUGGGCUCAGCUGGGCAUCUCCUGUGCUGCUGUCAUAGAAAACUGCACUGAUGGUGAAAAUGCGAAGCUUUGCCUUCAUGGAGAAGAGGUUGCUGGAUUGUGGGAGCUGAAGCUGGACCAGCUGUUGUCCUGCAGGAGCAGAGUGACUCUGUGGACAUUGCAGGCUGACAGGACCUGCUCUGGGUGGGGGAAGAGUCCUCUAGAGGGUUGGUGCAUGGUCUGAAACAAAGCUCACCAACCUUUCUCCCAAACUGAGGCUCCCAGCCCUGCUUUCCCCACUUCCCAAAGCUGUUCCCAUUUCCGAGCCCCUCGGGGUUUGCUCUGCAGCUCUGGGGACUGUGGGAUCUUGGUGUUUGUUUGUUUGCUGAAGGAUUUCACAGGUGGGGGAGCUGGAAUCAGCUGCUCCCUGAGGUCUUUGCACCACUGUCCUUGCUGAGCCUCUGUCCCCGUGCUCCUGCCCUCGCUGCUGUCACCUCCUGUGCACAGGCAUCCCCUGCUGCUGUCCCCGCUGCAAGGGCCACCGAGCACUUACCCACACCAGUUCCUUGCUAUGCUGAGUCCUGAAGGAUCAGGAGAGAACUGCUGGGGGAAUAACAAGCCCUACAAUCCCCCAAGGGAGGGGUUUUCCCUUUGGUUUUGUGGUUUUGUUUCUCUACAUUGCCCAUGGGCUUGGGAGGUCAAAUGGGCUCUGCUCCUUCCCAGCUCCUGUGGGACUGUCUGUGUGUGCUGUGCAUGAGGCUGGGAGAGGGGGCAGCCUGGUUUUACUGUUUUAUAUUAACAUGUCCUUUUGUAAACCUGUUCUUGAAAUUAUUUUGUACCGAUUCACAUUUGUCUGAGGACUGUGGAUUAUUUUUAUACUAGUGCAAGUGCUCUCUGUAUAUUUCUGCACGCAUUAUACUGUGUUUUACUCCUUUCCUGGUGGAUGCUGAGAUGUUUUGUAUCGUCUUCUGUUGACACAACACUGGCCUUGUAAUUUUACCUUAUUAUGGAAAUCCAACUGGUUGAUACUGGGUUUUAUAUCAAGGUUCCUAUGUGGUUUUGUGCCACAUUGGCACAACACAAGCUGCCUCCUGUUCUGGACAAUUUGUGUGACUUUCUACUUACAGACAGCGGGACGAAAGUUCAUCAAUGAACAGGUUAAUUAACGAGGGAAAUACAUCCCUUUGGAAAAGAAACCAUGAUUUUCUUUCUCCCCUGGACACAGUUUCUCUGUUGCAUGGUCUCUAGUGAAGAGGGCAUGGGCUUGUGAUACUGAGAUCAAUUGUAUUUGAAUUGCAAACUUCUCACAAGUGUUUCA